AUGCUCCGACGUCCUGCUGAGGUUCUCGGGCAAGUCCAUGUUGCUACACGAGUACGACCUGUGGAUGCCUUGUGGGCUGUGGCUUAUGGAGGCCCAUUGUCUUUGCUUCCCUUAGCCGUAAGCAAUAUACAAGAGGAUACUCUUGAACCACAUCAAGGGAAUUUUUCUGUGUCAGUAGCAACUACAUCUCUUGCUGCUCCGAUAUUCCGAAUUAUAUCCACGGCUAUUCAAUAUUCAAGGAACAGUGAGGAGUUGAGUCGUUGCAGAGGGCCUGCAGUUCUUUCAAAGAUUCUAAAUUAUCUUCUCCAAACCCUAUCUUCACUUGGUAUUGGAAGAGAUGACGGUGUAGGUGAUGAAGAACUUGUUGCAGCAGUUGUUUCACUUUGUCUAUCUCAGAAGAUCAACCACACACUGAAAGUGCAGCUCUUCACCACACUGCUGCUUGAUAUAAAAAUUUGGAGUUUAUGUAAUUACGGAAUACAGAAGAAGCUUCUAUCAUCACUCGCAGACAUGGUUUUCACCGAAUCUGCAGUGAUGAGAGAUGCCAAUGCCAUUCAAAUACUUCUUGAUAGCUGCAGAAGAUGCUACUGGACUGUUCCUGAAAAGGAUUCAGUAGCUGGAGCAACAAGGCCAGUGGGUGAAGUCAAUGCUUUGGUUGAUGAGCUGUUGGUGGUGAUUGAGCUUCUAAUAGUAGCAGCAUCUCCUUCAUUGGUCUCUGAUGAUGUCCGAUGUUUACUUGGGUUCUUGGUUGACUGUCCACAACCUGGUCAGAUUUCUAGGGUACUGCAUCUCUUCUACAGGUUGGUUGUUCAUCCAAACACAUCUAAAGCUCACACAUUUGUAGAAGUAUUCCUAGCAUGUGGCGGGAUAGAAACUCUUCUCGUUCUUCUCCAAAGAGAGGCUAAAGCAGGAGAAAUUGUUGUCCAGGAAUCAGUUUCAAAAUUUUCUGGACUUCAAAAAAAUGAAACUGAUGCUAGCUUUGAGAUCAUGAAAACAUGCCAGGAUGAUGAAGGGUCAGAUUUAAAAAGUGAAUCUAUUGUACAAGACAAUGAUCAAGGUUCUGAAUCUGUUGAUAGUGGCAGCAACUUUGAUCUCGGUUCUCCUGAUCUGAAUAUUGAAAGAACGACGUCCAACUCUGAAAUUCCCCAUAUUAGAAAUUUGGGAGGCAUUAGUCUUUCAAUCAGCGCUGACAGUGCUAGAAAAAAUGUUUAUAAUUUUGAUAAUAGUGAUGGCAUAGUUGUUGGGAUCAUUGGUCUCUUAGGUGCUUUAGUAGUUUCUGGGCAUUUGAAGUUUGGCUCUCAUGCUGUUCCUGAAGCAACAAGCAACCUUAUGGGUGUUGGAUUGAAUGACGGAGGUGGUACAAUGUUUGAUGAUAAGGUUUCUCUUCUUCUUUUUUCCUUACAGAAGGCUUUCCAAGCUGCACCCAACAGGCUAAUGACUGACAAUGUUUAUACGGCUUUAUUGUCUGCUUCGAUAAAUGCUUCUUCAAGAGAGAAUGGGAUGAACCUCCAUGAUUCAGGUCAUCGCUUUGAGCAUUUGCAACUUUUAUUGGUGCUUUUGCGUUCCCUUCCAUUUGCGCCUAGGCCUCUUCAGAGUAGAGCAUUACAGGAUCUUCUAUUUUUGACUUGCAGUCAUCCAGAAAACAGAGGCAGGCUAACAAAUAUGGAAGAAUGGCCUGAAUGGAUUCUUGAGAUUAUGAUUUCAAACUAUGAGUUGGGUCCAAGCAAACCAUCUGACAUGACAAGCCUAGGAGACAUAGAGGACCUUUUACAUAACUUCCUUAUCAAGGUUCUAGAGCAUUCAAUGCGUCAAAAGGAUGGAUGGAAGGAUAUUGAAGCAACGAUUCAUUGUGCAGACUGGCUCUCGAUUAUUGGUGGAUCUAGCACAGGAGAACAGCGAAUUAGACGUGAAGAAUCAUUACCUAUAUUUAAGAGAAGACUCUUAGGCGGCUUGAUGGACUUUGCGGCCAGAGAGUUGCAGGCCCAGACCCAAGUUAUUGCUGUGGCAGCUGCUGGUGUUGCAGCCGAGGGUUUGUCUGCAGACGAUGCUAAGGAAGAGGCAGAGAAUGCUGCUCAACUGUCUGUGGCCUUAGUAGAAAAUGCUAUUGUGAUACUUAUGCUUGUUGAGGAUCAUUUACGGUUCCAGGGCAAACAAUCCUCUUCUUUGCGUCCUGCAGAUGGCUCUCCAUCUCCUCUUUCUCUUUUUUAUCCAGUCAAUAAUAACUCAACAACAAUAAUCAGAGAAUCUACAGAAGCUAUGGGUGAUCGUACAUCAUCUAGAAAUUCUGGGGGCACCUCAUCUAGAAAUUCUGGGGGAAUCUCUCUCGAUGUUCUUUCUUCAAUGGCUGAUGCAUAUGGUCAGAUCUCUCAUUCAGUUAUGGAAAGGCUUGCUGCAGCUGCUGCAGCCGAGCCAUAUGAGUCUGUUUCUUGUGCUUUUGUAUCAUAUGGGUCUUGUGCUAAGGAUUUAGCUAAUGGAUGGAAAUAUAGGAGCCGUUUGUGGUAUGGUGUUGGCCUUCCUUCAAAUAUAGCUUCAUUUGGUGGUGGUGGGAGUGGAUGGAAUAUUUGGAAGUCUUCUUUGGAGAAAGAUGCCAGUGGCAACUGGAUUGAGCUUUCUUUGGUGAAGAAGUCUGUGGCAAUGCUCCAAUCAUUUUUGCUAGAUGAUUCUGGGCUUGGUGGGGGUCUUGGUAUAGGUAGAGGAUCAGGUACCGGAAUGGGUGCAAUGGGUGCUUUAUACCAGCUAUUAGACAGUGACCAACCAUUCUUGUGCAUGCUUCGGAUGGUUCUUCUAUCAAUGAGGGAAGAGGAUGGUGAGGAAAAAAAUAUGCUGAUCGGGACUAUGAAUACUGAGGAUGCGAUAUCUGAAGGAGAGAAACCAUGCUCGGUACUUUUGUGGAGUGUUCUAUCACCUGUUCUUAACAUGCCAGUUUCUGAUUCUAAGAGACAACGGGUCUUGGCAGCAUCAUGCGUGCUGUACUCUGAGGUAUACCAUGCGGUUAGCAUAGACCAAAAGCCUCUUCGUAAAAAGUACCUUGAGGCUAUUUUACCACCAUUUGCUGCUGUCUUAAGAAAGUGGCGACCCGUUUUGGCGGGAAUUCACGAACUUGCAACAGCUGAUGGUUUCAACCCUCUUAAUGUGGAUGAUAAUGUACUCGCAGCUGACACCCAGCCAGUUGAGGCUGCUCUUGCUAUGAUAUCUCCUGCAUGGGCUGCUGCUUUUGCAUCUCCACCUGCUUCUAUGGCAUUGGCUAUGAUUGCAGCUGGUACUUCGAGUGGUGAAAGUAACGCACCUUCAACAAGUGCCCAGCUUAGGCGUGAUACCUCAUUAAUGGAACGCAAACAGGCUAGGCUUCAUACAUUUUCAAGCUUUCAAAAACCUUUAGAAGUCCCUAAUAAAACACCACCCCUACCAAAAAACAAAGCUGCAACAAAAGCAGCGUCAUUUGCAGCUGCUCGUGAUCGACAACGAUUUUCAAGGAUUGGUUCUGGAAGAGGCCUUAGCGCUGUUGCAAUGGCUACAUCUGCACAGAGAAGGAAUGAGAGUGAUAUGGAGCGAGUUAAGAGGUGGACUGUUACUGAAGCAAUGGAAGUUGCAUGGACAGAGUGUUUGCAGCCAUUUGAUACAAAGUCGGUAUAUGAGAAAGAUUUUAAUGCACUUUCUUAUAAAUUUAUUGCUGUUCUUGUUGCCAGUUUUGCCUCAGCAAGGAAUAUACAACGGUCCGAGGUUGACAGGCGUGCUCAUGUAGAUUUAUUAACUCGGCGUCGAAUCAGUGCUGGAAUUCGUGCAUGGUGCAAACUUAUUCACCAGUUAAUUGAGAUGAGAAGUCUUUUUGGGCCUUUUGCAGAUCACUUAUACAGCCCGCUCCGUGUUUUCUGGAAGCUAGACUUUAUGGAAAGUUCUUCUCGGAUGAGAAGAUAUAUGAAGAGGAAUUACCAAGGAUCUGAUCAUUUAGGUUGUGCAGCUAACUAUGAGGAUUAUUCAAGCGAUACAAAUUAUCAGAGGACUCCAGUUUUGUCUGCAGAAGCAAUCUCAAUAGAGGCUAUAAAUAAAGACGAAGAACAGGUGGAAACUGAAAAUAUGGAUACUAAGUUCAAUAAUAUUGCAGAGAAUCAGCCUAAAAUUUCUGAAUCCGCAGAAGAGAUGGUACAAAUAUCUUUAGAACCCAAUGCUACUCAGCUUCAAAGUCAAAAAGGUGUUAUUCAGAGUUCUUCAGCCUUUUCAUCUGGGCGUGUUCCGAGUGAGCGCGAUGAAAGAAUUGUUCUCGAGCUACCAUCAUCAAUGGUCCAGCCACUUCGGGUUUUACAGGGAACUUUCCAAGUAACCAGUAGGAGGAUAAAUUUUAUAGUUGAUAACAAUGAGACUAGCCCUCCUGUGGAUGGUUUGAAUUUCAAUUCGGCAUUUGGGGACCAAGGAAAGGAUCGCAGCUGGUUGAUGUCUUCUCUUCAUCAAGUUUAUAGUCGAAGAUAUCUUCUUAGAAGAAGUGCAUUGGAGCUAUUUAUGGUGGAUCGUUUGAACUUCUUCUUUGACUUUGGGAGUAGUGAAGGGCGGAGAAAUGCAUAUCGAGCAAUUGUUCAUGCACGACCUCCUAAUUUAAACAAUAUAUAUUUAGCAACACAGAAGCCUGAACAACUUUUAAAAAGAACUCAGCUUAUGGAGCGGUGGGCUAGAUGGGAGAUCAGUAAUUUUGAGUAUUUAAUGCAACUCAAUACACUGGCUGGGCGUAGUUAUAAUGAUAUAACACAGUAUCCAGUUUUCCCCUGGAUUCUUUCUGAUUACAGUUCAGAGAGCUUGGAUCUUUCUAACCCUUCUUCUUACCGGGAUCUUUCAAAGCCGGUUGGUGCACUAAGCCCAGAUCGCCUGAAAAAGUUUCAAGAGAGAUACACUAGCUUUGACGAUCCUGUCAUCCCCAAAUUCCAUUAUGGGUCACACUACUCAAGUGCAGGAACAGUUUUGUAUUAUCUUGUUAGGGUUGAGCCAUUCACUACCCUAUCAAUCAAACUACAAGGUGGAAAAUUUGAUCAUGCAGAUCGGAUGUUUUCUGACAUUUCUGCUACUUGGAAUGGAGUUCUUGAAGACAUGAGUGAUGUUAAGGAAUUGGUUCCAGAGUUAUUUUACCUCCCUGAGGUCCUCACAAAUGAAAAUUCAAUUGAUUUUGGGACAACACAGUUGGGAGAAAAGCUUGAUACUGUGAAACUUCCUGCUUGGGCUGAGAAUCCAGUUGAUUUUGUGCAUAAGCAUAGGAUGGCUCUGGAAAGUGAGUAUGUGUCUGCUCAUUUGCAUGAGUGGAUUGACCUCAUAUUUGGAUAUAAGCAACAAGGCAAAGAAGCUAUUGCAGCAAAUAAUGUUUUCUUUUAUAUUACUUAUGAAGGGACAGUGGAUAUUGAUAAAAUUUCAGAGCCGGCACAACAGCGGGCUACACAAGAUCAGAUUGCUUAUUUUGGACAAACACCUUCUCAACUUCUGAAAGUUCCUCAUCUAAAGAAGAUGCCUAUAACUGAAGUUCUGCAUUUGCAGACAAUAUUCCGCAACCCAAAAGUAGUCCAACCAUAUGCUGUUCCAUCUCCUGAAAACUGCAAUCUACCUGCGGCUGCCAUUCAAGCGUCUUCAGAUGUGAUAGUGGUUGUUGAUUGGAGUGCACCAGCAGCUCAUGUUGCAAAACACAAGUGGCAACCUAAUACACCUGAUGGCUGUGGUACUCCAUUCCUCUUUCAACAUGGAAAAGCUACAUCUGGCUCUGGCGGCAGAACACUAAGGCGUAUGUUCAAAGGGCCUUCAGGGUCUGGUGAAGAGUGGCAAUAUCCUCAAGCAUUGGCAUUUGGUGUUUCCGGAAUUAGAAGCCAAGCAAUCAUCUCAAUAACUUGUGACCAAGAUAUUAUUACUGGUGGGCAUGCCGAUAAUAGUAUUAGGGUGAUAUCUUCUGAUGGAGCCAAAACCUUGGAAACAGCCAAUGCGCACUGUGCUCCAGUAACUUGCCUUGGCCUUUCAUCCGAUAGUAACUACCUGGUGUCAGGAUCCCGAGAUACAACAAUGUUACUAUGGAGAAUACAUAAAGCACUUGCAUCUCACUCAAGUGUCAUAUCUGAAUCUCCGUCAUCCAGCAGUAACUCUUCUCCUCAUUUUAUAGAAAAGAAUCGUAGACGUCGUAUUGAGGGUCCAUUACAGGUACUUCAAGGGCACCAAAGUGAAAUACUCAGUUGUUGUGUCAGCUCAGAUCUUGGAAUAGUGGUUUCUUGCUCCGACACAUCAGAUGUUCUCGUGCACUCUAUAAGAACGGGACGUUUAGUUCGAAGGCUGGAUGGUGUGGUAGCCCAUACUGUUUGCCUUUCCUCUGAAGGGGUUAUCAUGACCUGGAAUGAAUUGCAGCGUGCUCUCAGUACCUUUACUCUUAAUGGUGUUCUAAUUACUAAAACAAAAUUAUCUUUCUCUACCAGCAUUAGUUGCAUGGAAAUUUCUCAUGAUGGGAGGAAUGCUUUGAUUGGAAUUAAUGGUGGGGCCGAUGGUGGGAAUUUGCAGUCAAGUAAGUCAACUGCUGUUGAUUUUCAUUCAGAACAAGAUACUCAGGAAAGCAACAGCAUAAAUGUUCCAACACCAGCAGUUUGCUUCCUGGAUUUGCACACUCUGGAGGUUUUCCAUGUAUUGAGACUGAAAGAAGGACAAGAUAUUACAGCUCUUGCUCUAAAUAAGGAUAAUACAAAUCUUUUGGUUUCAACAUCAGAUAAAAAAUUGAUUAUCUUCACUGAUCCAGCUUUAAGCUUGAAAGUGGUGGAUCAAAUGCUCAAACUUGGUUGGUAA